AUCAGUUUUAAAUUAGAUCCUGAUUCAUAUUUUCUUCGUUCUACAAAACCACAAAACCUGUAUCAGCUUACAGUACAAUGUUUGGGUGGGAGUCUCUGUAGGAACCAAGUAAGAAGAAGGACACAGCAACCAUUACGGUUCCUCUCUGCUUCCUUAGUAGUUGCUAUAUACAGGAAAGUGGUCAGUGCAGGAUAAUGCAGCUAUCAGUAAAGUCAUCUUUAUGAAAGUGGGAUUAUACUACUGAGAAGAAGCAUUCUGACUUCAGCAUCAUAACAACCGAUAAAUUGCAAAAAUGAUCUUGAGAGUACGAGAACACUGUAUCUGAUGUAAAGGAAUUUCCCUGCCUUGACAGCCUUACCACAAGACAGUUGUUGUGUAUUAAGGACGUAAAAAUUCCCCUGUAGGUUUUGUGCUACAACGUAGGCUUCUAAACCAGCUUAGCCUCGACUAAAGUCCACAAAGACAUGGCAGCACAGGAAGAACAGUCAUAAAGUGCAAACUGAUCAAUGGUUACAACCUAGAAAGUCUAAAAUUAUACUCAUACGCUAGCCACAAGUUGGCCAAUUGCAGAUCAGCUAUGUAUCAUGUAUGCCAAGAUUGACUCAAGCACCAAGCAAAACAAAUAAAUAAGUGGAGGUGCCCAGUUGGAAAGAAUCAGUGCCACUGACACUUGGUAGAUUUCAUUGGCUCAUCCAGUCAAAGUCCCGCCUAUUGACAAAUGUGAAAAACUUUUAUCACUUCUGCCAGUUGUCACUAUAGUUGAGGUGUUCAUACUUUAUAUCUACAUGUACAUCUCUACUAGAUAUUUAUUUCUCUAUUUAUAUCAAAAGAAGCUGAAGGAAAUGAAUUUUGAACCCUCACCUUGUACAGCUCUGUCAUAUCAUCCUGAUCCACACAUAUCACGGUUUGUGGACACGUCAACCCAUUUUUCUUGUAAGGAACGGUAUUAUCGUACAGCCAUGUCUCAGACUUCACAAGGUUCAGACAACAGAAGCCCUGGUGUAUUUGAUCGUCUCUGGGAGUUUCUAGGACCAAUGCAUUCUGUACAACCCAUUGACUUGAAUUUUUCCAGUGAUCCAACAGAGAAAGGUCCUACGAAUAAGAUUGAAAUUAGCAUGGAUUGCAUCAGGAUGCAGGAUUAUGACCUGACUGACCCAAUGUGGGUGAGUUUUAUGACUUGUAUAGAGGUCUUUUGUGAUAAGGUACACUUUAGUCUAACUAGCGCUGGUCACCAGUGCCGACUGAUUCCUGUAUCAACAAUAAAAAAGAUAAAUAGGAAAAAAGGAAUGAAAGGUUAUAAGGAAAAAGGAGAACAAAACAUUGCAAGAGUGCUUUGA